CAUUUCAUCAUCCGCCGAAGAGGGAGGGAGUGUAGGCACAAAGAGUGCUCGAAAUCAAUAUAAAUCUGUUAAAUAUACUUCCUCUGCCUUUGAGGCGUCGUGUAAAUGACUGGGGUAAAGGUUUGUUGGUAAACAAGAAGCUGGCUGGUGAGCUUGCAACCGCGAUUUUUGUUUUAUUCCGACCGAAAGAGCCGAAGAGGCCAAGAUGGAGUUUUAAUGCAAUGCGGCGGUAACUGCAUCGGCAUGCAUAAGGCACAGAAAAACGCGUUGCGGGACUUUACCAUCACAACUGCUAAGCAGUUGGGCUCUGAGACCUUCCGCGGUAUAGCCGGGAGCCAACCGAUACAUCUCCUACUUGACAGGAGGAAGCUAACGCUAGCCAGUUAGCCUGUCGGCGCAUUCAUAUACACUACUACCCUCUCUGUCAUCAUACCAUACUGUAAAGAUGAAGCCUCAAGACAUCGUCGCUGUGAAAUCCAGCCUGUGGAUCUUCGGGUACGGCUCGUUGGUUUGGAAGCCAGAUUUCAAGUACAAGAGGAGCAAGGUCGGUUAUAUUAAGGGGUACAAGAGACGCUUCUGGCACGGGGAUAAUUUUCAUCGUGGAGAUGAUGAAAUGCCCGGAAGAGUGGUGACUCUAAUCGAGGAGGAAGACGUAUGCACCUGGGGUGUUGCAUUCGAGGUGAAUGGCUCUCAAAUUGAGGAGUCUCUAAAGUACCUGAAUGUGAGGGAGGCAGUGAGAGGUGGUUAUGUCACCCGGGCUGUAGAGUUCUUCCCACAGGGUCCAAACCAUUCACCUGUUCAGGCACUGGUUUACAUUGCCACAUCUGACAACCCUAUUUACCUGGGGCCUGCCAGUAUGGAGGAAAUUGCAGCUCAGAUUGCUGUAUGCAAGGGAAAGUCAGGCCACAACAUCGAGUACCUGCUUCGCCUGGCCGAGUUCAUGAGGGUAAACUGCCCUGAUGUGGAUGACCCUCACCUGUUCUCCAUCGAGGCUGCCACCCUAGCCAUCAUUAGACCCAUAUUGUUAGCAGCCCAGUAACCUGUAUCAUCUGUAAUGCUUUAAUUAUGUAACCUAAGGCUAUCAACAUCUAGUCCAGACACCAUAAAGGUCCUAUCUAAAGAUAAUUUUGCCAUCCUUUAGGUGUGAUUGUGAGUUAGUGGCUGUAUUUUGAUAUUAUCUUCAUUCAACCAAGGGAUUAAGUAUUCCUUUACUAAGGGAAAGUUAAGGCAUUAAGGGAACAUGAUCUUUUAAGGUGUUAAUAUUUAAUUAUGUACUGUCAGUUUUAAAUGUUUUGUGGUCUUAACCCCAAGUAUGUAAUACAAAUGCAUGCUUGUAUUGCCAUAGUUUGUCCUAUUUUUUUAAGUGGUUCAAAUUGUUUCUAACGUGUGGCCAUGAAACCUCAUUAGUGGACAAUACAUGUCUAAUUUGCACUCAAGCAGUUUGCUGUUAAGCCAUUAAACAUUUUCCCUUUGCACAUUCAAAUCUUGAAUCUGUCUGUGUUAUUUGUUUGGUGUCAAACUUUCAUCUCUUUCUGAUGGAGUGUUUU